GGUAGGCAGGGAGGGAACGAGAGAGGAAAGAAGAAGAGAAACAGUGCGUGGGUCUUAGGAGAGGGUCACGGGGCACGAGACUGACCGGGCCGUAAAGAGUCUACUGCGCAUGCGUACGGGGUGACCGGGAAGUGUUUACCUUGGCAGGAGUGGGUUGGGGUGGGGGGCGAAAAGAAUAGAUGCUGGCGUGCCCUUCACGGGCUUCAGUGGAACUGAGCAAGAGACAAGGAAGAGCAUAUGGUACCGAGGGAAAAAUGGGGAGAAGUGAGAAAGUCUUCAGUUUUCUCCUGGUUUGGACGUCUUUCCCACGUGCCACAGGACUGUAUCAGCCCUGCUUUGUUUUUCUCCUCCCCCCGUACACACUCACCUCGAGAGCCCAUGAUCCCAACUAUACUUCAAGAGAAGAUGACUCGUCAUGAACCUCUUUCGUAAGAAACACCAACCAUCUGACUCAGCUGAAGCAAAUGUGUAGAUGUUGGGUGUGGGAACGGGGUUAAAGUUUACUAAAAAGCAGCAAAUAUUUUUAAAUAAGCACGCUAUAUAUACUUGUGCUUUGGGGGGAAGGAGGAGAAAAAAAUAUGAAGACAUCUUUCCAGGCUUGAAGUCACUUCAAAGGAGAGAUGAAAAUGGACACAACUACAACAAAGUGGUGAAGAAAGGGAAGAAGGACAAGAAGACCAAAAGGACGUUCUUUGAGGAGCUGGCAGUAGAAGAUAAACAGGCUGAGGAAGAAGAGAAAGCACUCAAGGAGAAGGAGCAGCAGCAACAACAGCAGCAGCAGCAAAAAAAGAAGCGAGACACACGAAAAGGCAGACGAAAAAAGGAUGUGGACGAUGAUGGAGAGGAGAAAGAACUCAUGGAGCGUCUUAAGAAGCUCUCGGUGCCAGUCAGUGAUGAGGAGGAUGAGGUACCUACCCUGGUACCCCGAGGAGGGAAGAAGACCAAGGGUGGUAAUGCGUUUGCAGCCCUGAUUCAGGAUCAGAGUGAGGAAGAGGAGGAGGAGGAAGAAAAACAUUCUCCUAAGCCUGCCAAGCCAGAGAAGAAUCGGAUUAAUAAGGCUGUAUCUGAGGAACAACAGCCUGGACUCAAGAGCAAAAAGGGAAGGGAAGAAAAGUCAAAGGGGAAGGCCAAGGCACAAAAUAAAUUUGCUGCUCUGGACAAUGGACAGGAGGAUGAAAAAGUAGUAGUACUAAAAGAGAAGGAGCUGCCCAAACAAGGGAAGGAGAAGGGCAAGAAGGCAGAGCAGGGGUCAGAGGAGGAAGGGGAAGAAGAGGAGGAAGAGGGAGAGCCCAAGGCAGAUGAUCUUUAUGCUCAUCUUAGCAAAAAGGAGAAGAAAAAGCUGAAGAAACAGAUGGAGUAUGAGCGCCAAGUGGCUUCAUUAAAAGCAGCCAAUGCUGCCGAAAAUGACUUCUCUGUGUCCCAGGCAGAGGUAUCUUCCCGCCAAGCCAUGUUAGAAAAUGCAUCGGACAUCAAGCUGGAGAAGUUCAGCAUCUCAGCCCAUGGCAAGGAGUUAUUCGUCAAUGCAGACCUGUACAUUGUAGCCGGCCGCCGCUAUGGGCUGGUGGGACCCAAUGGCAAGGGCAAGACCACGCUUCUUAAGCACAUUGCCAACCGAACCCUGAGCAUCCCUCCUAACAUCGACGUGCUGCUGUGUGAGCAGGAGGUGGUAGCGGAUGAGACGCCAGCAGUGCAGGCUGUGCUUCGAGCCGAUACCAAGCGAUUGAAGUUGCUGGAAGAGGAGCGGCGGCUUCAGGGGCAGCUGGAGCAGGGGGAUGAUGCAGCUGCUGAGAGGCUCGAGAAGGUGUAUGAGGAGUUGCGGGCCACAGGGGCAGCAGCUGCAGAGGCCAAGGCACGGCGGAUCCUGGCCGGUCUGGGCUUUGACCCUGAAAUGCAGAACCGGCCCACACAGAAGUUCUCAGGGGGCUGGCGCAUGCGUGUGUCCCUGGCCAGGGCACUGUUCAUGGAGCCCACACUGCUGAUGCUGGACGAGCCCACAAACCACCUGGACCUCAAUGCUGUCAUCUGGCUCAACAACUACCUCCAAGGCUGGCGGAAGACGUUGCUGAUCGUCUCCCAUGACCAGGGCUUCCUGGAUGAUGUCUGCACAGAUAUCAUACAUCUCGAUGCCCAGCGGCUCCAUUACUACAGGGGCAAUUACAUGACCUUCAAGAAGAUGUACCAGCAGAAGCAGAAGGAACUGCUAAAGCAGUAUGAGAAGCAGGAGAAAAAGCUCAAGGAGCUGAAGGCGGGUGGCAAGUCCACCAAGCAGGCGGAAAAGCAAACGAAGGAAGCCUUGACUCGAAAGCAGCAGAAGUGCCGACGGAAAAACCAGGAUGAAGAGUCUCAGGAGGCCCCUGAGCUCCUGAAGCGCCCCAAGGAGUACACUGUGCGCUUCACAUUCCCAAACCCCCCGCCCCUGAGCCCUCCUGUGCUGGGCCUGCACGGUGUGACGUUUGGCUACGAGGGGCAGAAGCCACUCUUUAAGAACCUGGACUUCGGCAUCGACAUGGACUCAAGGAUCUGCAUCGUGGGCCCUAAUGGUGUGGGGAAGAGCACCCUGCUUCUGCUGCUAACAGGCAAGCUGACACCGACCCGUGGGGAAAUGAGAAAGAAUCACCGGCUGAAAAUUGGCUUCUUCAACCAGCAGUACGCAGAGCAGCUGCGCAUGGAGGAGACACCCACUGAGUACCUGCAGCGUGGUUUCAACCUGCCCUACCAGGAUGCCCGGAAGUGCCUGGGCCGCUUUGGCCUAGAGAGUCAUGCCCACACUAUCCAGAUCUGCAAACUCUCUGGUGGGCAGAAAGCCCGAGUUGUGUUUGCAGAGCUGGCCUGUCGGGAGCCUGAUGUCCUCAUCUUGGAUGAGCCAACCAAUAACUUGGACAUAGAGUCUAUUGAUGCUCUGGGGGAGGCCAUCAAUGAAUACAAGGGUGCGGUGAUCAUCGUCAGCCACGAUGCCAGACUCAUCACAGAAACCAACUGCCAGCUGUGGGUGGUGGAGGAGCAGAGUGUCAGCCAGAUCGAUGGUGACUUCGAGGACUACAAGCGGGAGGUGCUGGAGGCCCUCGGUGAAGUCAUGGUUAACCGGCCCCGAGAGUGAGCUUUCCUUCCUGGAGGUCCCCAAGAUACAAGCUUGUGUGGCCUUGAAGUCCCCUGUUGUCUCCCUGUCACCAGUUUGAAACCUGCCUCUGGCCUGCAGCUGACCCAGCAACCGCUCAGUCACGUGAAGGUGGAGCGUUGACUUGAUGUGACCAGGUUAUCACUAUGAUUGCUUUCUUUCCCCUGAAAGACUUGUCUGUUCCGCUUCUUUUCAGAUAACUGAGCUGACUUUGUCCUUGACAUUCCUCUGAACAAACAGAGGUGACCAUUAUUGUGAGAUUCUAUCUUGCCAAGCUUAUGUGGCCUGGAAGGCCCCUGAUGUUCCAUUUACCUCCCUCAGAUGCCUGCCUCGGGCCAGCUACCUGCCCCCUGGUCUCUGCGUAGUGCUUUUCUUUCCUAGUGGACUUCGUGCUAACUCACUGAUACAAGCGGUUGUUGGAGUGCAGAGCUGGAGGCCUGUGCUGUUACUCAGCCCAGGAUUUGGUGCCUGCAGUCUCUGUCUGGUGGGAACUUGGGGUCAGGAGGGGGAUGCUGCUAAACUUGAACCUUCCUUUUCAAGAGGAAGGAAUAAAGGAAAGGAGAGGAGUCGCUGCCACCUGUUACUGUUUGGAGGUUCAUGGGAGCCGGAACUGUUCUCAGUCUCGCUUUGAUUUUUUAGCAGUAUUUAGCAUUGCCUCUUCCCCACUAAUACAGAUGGAUCUAAUUUGCAGUCUCACUGCGCUGUAGAGAGUGCUUGCUGUUUCAGAACCCUCCCUCCCUUCCCCCAGCUCUUCAGACAAGGGGAAGGAAAGUGAUUGAUCCCUUCCAUCAAGGACACUCGGCUCUCACUGUCCAAGUUGUCCUCAUGAAUGAGGAUGUGCUUUGUCCUGUGGUCAGAAACCAGAGUACUGAUCCUUUCAGAAGUGAUGAAAUCAACCAGCCGACGUGUAGUGCUGUGGGGUAUAUACAAGAAGGGACAAAGUCUGCCUUCAUUCAUAGUCCAGUUAGAGAAGACUUGAAAAAUAAAACACAAGCUUACAAUGUGACAUGAUUAAUCACCACAUGGGUUGUACUCUAGAUUCUGAAUUGCUCCAUACUCAGGAUUAUUCAGGGCUUGAUUAUUUCGCAGGAUCACUUGAAGAUAGACCUUAAAAAAUAUUAACGAUUUGAAUAAUCAGGGAAGGGGUGGGGACGUGUUUCAAAAUUAGGAAAAGAGCAGAUAUAAGACUUGGAAGAAAAUCAAGGCUGUUUGGGAGUUAAUGAGGACUCAUGACUGGUGUGGCCAUUUUUCUUGUAGAAUUAGGUUGGAGAGGUAGUGGUGGUUGGGUAGAGUUUCUAGGUAGUGAUGUGUGAGGUAGACUGUAGAAACUUACAGGAUAGACUCUAACUUCUGGUAUGGGGAUGAGGUGACUAAAUUCUGAACCAGGGUAAUAGAAUAGGAAUGGAAAAGAACAGGAUAUAUGGAAAGAGCUAGAUGUGAGGGUUAGAAUAGAAUGAUCAGGAGGUGUAUCGAGUUCAGAGGAGAAUAUGAAGAGCUAUUUGGUUUGUCCACUAAUGGGGUGACCUUGGUUAAGACCUUGAGUUUGACGUCUCAAUGAGAAAUAUUAACUGGAUUGACCCUGAGUACAAGGUUCAUACUGUAAGUGAAGGUUUGGUGUGGAAGGUUUGAUAGUUGCAAAAGCACUGUUAAAGGAUAUCUCCAAAUUAGAGAGAAACACUUAAGGAACUGGAGGGCAAAAAACAUCAGGGGCUUGUGCCGGCACCUAAGUAUGUUAUAUAUAAAGUAAUUUCAUUUCUAGCGUUCUGUGAAGUAGAUGUAUCAGAACAGUGGGAGUCAAGCAUCCAGUCCACCAGUGGGGUGACCUUGGACAGGCUGCUUUGCUUCUUGGUACCUGUUUCGUUAUCUGUAAAAAGAAGGUGAUAAAUAGUACCUACCUCAGAGGGCUGUUAAGUGGAUUAGUGUGUAAUUCUUUGUAAAGUGCUUAAAUUCUUCCAUUGAAAUGUAUUUUAUCUUACUCUACAUUUUAUGCUUAACAUUUUCAGACCAUUCACUAGUCUAGAUGAGAUGAUACAUAACAUAUACAGGAAUAUUAUUUAUAAAAUGAAUACCAAAAUUUUUAUAUUUCAAGCUUUUGAUCACUAAUUUCACUACAAGUACUUCAGCUCCAGGAUAACUUCUGUCCAU